CUAUCCGCGCUGCCAAACAAAGCGUCUGCCUUCAUCUCCUUCAAACCUCCGACUCCCGUCAACACGCGACGGACCACGAACGCCGGUGACCUAAUCUCCUCGCUAUUCUCCACCGAGCGAAUAUCUCCUGCUGACACUUGAAGAUAACUUAGAAGUAGCUUCACUUCCGCAAGUGUUACUGUAUGUUCUUGUAUAACAUAACACAGACUCUUCACUCCUGCUGUUAACUCUUUUGUAGAAGAUAACUGAUAAAUGGACAACAACACUGUGAGCAUUAAGCAAGAAUCACCACCGCCUCUUCCUCCAGGGAUCUAUGAGAUACCGGGAGAGCCUGCGGUUGUUAUCAACGGUGUCCCUGAUGAGCCUCAAACACAUUCCAUGAUUGCCAAAGACGAACCUGCAAAACCAUCGAGUGCCGCCACUGUAGGAUGCGGCGAAUGGCUUCAAGGCAGAGAAGUUCGCAAGUUUUUCUUGGGUCAGUACUAUUCAGGCACGGUGACGAAGUUCGACAAAGGUACUGGUUGGUACAUGGUCGAGUAUGAAGAUGGGGAUUCCGAAGAGCUUGACUGGUCUGAGCUAGAGGAAGUGCUUCUACCUAUGGAUGUUACUGUACCACUGAGAUCAAUCUCCUUAUGGGUCAUCAAGAAUCGCCAGACGCAGGCCCAAGCUUAUGGAAGCAUGGUGAAACACUAAUGGGCCUUGCUGAUUGUGCAGAGUGAAUAUGGUGAAGCGCACGAUGAGAAGAGGUUACAAACACUUUAACAGUCUUUUGAACAUUUCCUUAUCAGUUGAAUAUUUUUAUGCCUUUUGUAAACACUUUAACAAUCUUUUGAACAUUUCCUCAUCAGUUGAAUCUUUAUAUAUAAAAGAAGCUUUCUAUC